AUGGAGAAAACGAGGCGCACAAAUCUCUUUCUUAGCCUUCAGGCUGGGGGAUUCGCCUUGGUGCACGUGGCCCUCAAAGUUAAAAUAAGUCGGUUCCUUUUGUUUAGAGACUCGAGUGAUGCGAUCACGCGGUGGUCAUUCCAGAGCCUCGGGAGUGCGUACCUUAGUCAGUGGGUGGUUGGCACAUCGGAGCAACCGAAAGCAGCUAAGUGCCUACGGUUCUACAAAGAAAUUGCGGAAGCAAUCAAAUUCUUUGAAUCAAGGUACUCGUGGGAGUAUCUCCAGCAAGUUAAAAAGAAAAAACUCUAUUGGGACACAGUCAGCAGCAUGUUUCCAGCUCCUUUGUACAGAAAUGGACUCGAAUCAUCAGCUGGAAAAGACGUCCUGAGGCGAUUGCGCAGCCUCCCUGUUUCUCCCAAAACCAAAAACUUUUUCAUUCGUUUUCACACAGAAACCCUGCCAGUGAAAACUUGGUUAGAAAACAAGGGCUUCUACCUUCCAAUCGGAACAAACUGCAGUUUCUGUGCCCUUCACGUGCUUUGGUUGUGCCGGACAUUACAUGUGGAGGCAGCGCCUGUGCGGAAAACCGCGUGGCAGUUGUUUCGGGAGAGAGCAGAGUGGACACUGAGCGCAGUUAGCACAGUACCAGACGAUGUCAACCACGCCUGGCUCCAGAUAAAACAACAAAUUAAAAAAAGCGUCGUUGCCCGCAACGCACAACCGCCCUGGAAAGAAAGAUUAUAG